CAGUAAACUGAACAUCUUUGUGUUGUGGAUAAAACAUUUGAAAACGUCACAUUGUACUUUGGGAAACCUGAUUAAUUGAUUAAUUGAGAAAAUAAUCGACAGAUUAAUCGCUAAUGAAAAUAAUCAUUAAUUGCAGCCUUACUCUAAAAUCCAAAUUUAUUGAAACAGAUAUAAACAAAUGUAUUUGUGUUUCAUACAUUGUGUGCCGGUGAAACUCUUUUUUAUCAAUUCAUAUAUUUUUAAAUUACAAUUUAAUGAAAAAUCUUGUUUCUUUUUCGUCAACUCUCAGGGAACAAAGAACACAGAAACAGUUUCCAGCGCCUCAAAUCUCUUCUGACACAUUUACCAACAAAAAACUCUACAUUUUAAACAUCACAGAGGUAACGUAUACAGUAUAUUUUUAUGGCUAUCGUAUUGGAUGGUGUUUCUGUUAUUGUGUCCACCUGUUGUCGAGUGGAAGAUGGACGCGCUUGUUUCCAGAAUAGUUUCAUCUUUUUUUUUUAUUUCUACUAGUCUGUAACUCUACACAUGUUCUCUCGCCUUCAGUGUGAAUAUUUUCUCUACUGUUGUGCACUAAUACAACACAGUUCUACAGUAUAAAGCCAUGUUAAAGUGUUAUGACACCAAGCUGCGAAUGAAUCAGGCUCACUCACAUUAACUUUGCUUACAGUGUCAAAAUCCCUCCUUGUUCCAAAAGAUCUGUUUGCACCAGCAAAUUUACCCUCACACUUCACUGAUUUCAAAUGGAGGGGUAUUUGGUGUGUGUGUGUGUGUGCGUGUAGGAGAGGGGGGGAGGAGGGGGUGGGGGUUGUUGCUGUAUGUGGGCUGAUGAAUAGCAGAAAAUGUCCUGGAUGCUUCACUGUGUUUUGUUUCUGUAACAUUGGCACCGAACCAGCUGGUGACACUGGUGAGCGUUAACCAGGUCCAGAAGCUUGGGGACGUUUCUUGCAUUUUGGAGCAGUUUCCAGCGGAGACAAAUGCAGGACGUGUGCAGCAGGUCAGACAUCUAUAUGUGGUUCUGAGUGAGGCGGCCGGGGCUGAGACGGAGACUGAGCAAAGGGGGGCAGAUGAUAGAAGGGGGGACAGGCUUUUGGCAGGAAGGACUCGCAGGAAAACUUUUCACACACUUUUAGGUUUUUAAUCUUGGUUACCUUUUUGCAUCACUGAAGAUUUACAACAGCUUGAAAUGUCGCUCAUCCUGACCGUGCUGGACAAGCUGGCUUAUUUUCUGUCUCUGGUAGCGUUUUGUGUCAGUGUGUCUUACAGCUGGCUGAAAUGAAACUAGAUUCUUCCUUUUAUAUCCAUGAGGUCUGACAGUGACUGCGUGUUUUUUUAAGUGGAUGUUUAAACAAAUGAAUCCUGAGGUUUUUUGGGGUUUGAGUUAGGAUGGUUUUACUCAAAACCUGUGGACACCUGACACCUUGGCGUGAGUUUCUGAACCUUUGCUUUAUUGUGACUUUUCAACUCAACUUGUCAGGUUAAGAGCAGACUUCAGGCUGGGAUUUGUUUCAGACUGACAGGAGCAGCUUUUACAGGUUUUUAACGUCUGAUUAUUCCUGUUUGAGAUCAGUGUUUCAAUUAAUUGUUCAUCAGGUGUAACUGAAGACAGUGAGCUCCUUGACAAAGAUCAAAAUGCUGCAGUGGUGCGUCCUGAGGCCGUACCAUGUGCUUGCACUGGUGCUGUGCGUGGCAGCCAGUGAGGACUUCGACUGGACAAAGAACGAGAGAACGUCUUUCUACUAUGGCACCUUCCCGACUGGUUUCUCGUGGGGAGCCGGCAGCUCCGCCUAUCAGACCGAAGGAGCGUGGAACAUAGACGGGAAAGGAAUGAGCAUCUGGGAUACGUUCUCCCACAAAAAGGGAAAAAUAUACUCAAAUGACACGGGAGACUCCUCGUGCGAGGGCUACUAUAAAUUCAAGGAUGAUAUCGCCUUGAUGAAGGACAUGAAGUUGAAUCAUUAUCGUUUCUCCAUUUCCUGGCCAAGGAUUUUACCCAGCGGAAUGAAAGGUGACCACAUCAACGAGAAAGGAAUCAAAUAUUACGAUGACCUGAUUAACAUGCUGCUGUCCAACAAGAUCACACCCAUCGUAACUCUGUACCACUGGGAUUUACCGCAGGUCUUACAGGAGAAAUACGGUGGCUGGCAGAACGUCAGCAUGGUGAACUACUUCAACGACUUUGCCAACUUAUGCUUUGAAAGAUUUGGAAACAGAGUGAAAUACUGGAUCACUUUCAACAACCCGUGGUCCAUUGCUGUGGAUGGAUUUGAAACAGGAGAACAUGCACCUGGAAUGAAGUUGAAGGGAACAGGAGCUUACAAAGUUGCUCACAACAUCAUCAAGGCACAUGCUAAGGUCUGGCACACGUACGACAUACAGUGGAGAAGCAAACAGAAAGGCCUGGUUGGAAUCUCACUGACAGCUGACUGGGGUGAACCGGUGGACAUCACCAACCAGAGGGACAUUGAGGCGGCGGAGAGAUACAUCCAGUUCUACUUGGGAUGGUUUGCUACUCCCAUCUUCAACGGAGACUACCCUCAGGUUAUGAAAGAUUACAUCGGCAGGAAGAGCGGCCAGCAGGGCCUGGGAGCUUCGCGGCUGCCCGUCUUCUCGCCUCAGGAGAAGAGUUACAUCAAGGGUACUUGUGACUUCCUGGGCCUCGGCCACUUCACUACCCGCUACAUCACCCAGAAGAAUUUCCCAUCAGGCCUUGGGGACAGCUACUUUGCGGACCGUGACCUCGCUGAGCUGGUUGACCCGGAGUGGCCCGAUCCCGGCUCUGAAUGGCUCUACUCUGUUCCCUGGGGCUUCCGACGCUUGUUGAACUUUGUCAAGACUCAGUAUGGAAACCCCAUGAUCUAUGUGACCGAAAACGGUGUUUCGGAGAAGAUGCUCUGCACCGACCUCUGUGACGACUGGAGAAUGCAGUACUUCAAGGACUACAUCAACGAAAUGCUCAAAGCGUUGAAGGACGGGGUGAACGUGAAGGGAUACACAGCCUGGUCUCUCCUCGACAACUUCGAGUGGGACGAAGGAUACUCAGAGAGGUUCGGACUCUACUACGUGGACUUCAGGAACAAAAACAAACCGCGCUACCCGAAGGCUUCUGUCCAGUACUACAAACGCAUCAUCAGCUCUAAUGGCUUCCCCAAUCAGAGAGAGGUGGAGAGCUGGAAGAGGAAAGCCAUAGAGACUUGUUCUUCCAGUAACCAGCUCCUGGCUGCAGCUAGAAGAAAAUCCCAGGGAGAUCAGGAACAUGCAGGAAUGCAAAAGGCUUGGCCAGUGCAUGAUGAAGUUUAGAUCCGCUGAUAGGCCACAUGGAGAUGGUGACAGAGAUAGUGGUUCCCACUGUGUGCACGCUCUGCAUCCUCCUCAGCGCAGUC